AUGUCGGAGCUGGGAUGGGCCGUGUGGGCCGCGUUGGCGCUUCUACUGCUCUACUUACUCCGCGUGAACCAGCUGCUGAGCCAGACGCCGGACGAGAUCCGGAAGCUGUCGGGACCGCGCUGGACCCGGGCCCAGCUCGAGGCGACGUACAAGAGGCUGCAGGACAGUCCCCUCGACUACACGGACAAGAUACCGCCGAAGCUGGACCGGCGGUACGUCGUUACGGGGGGCUCAGCCGUCUCGAUGCCAGGUCUCGUCGGCGGCUACAUCGUGCUGCAGCUCCUCGCACGCGGCACGCCGCCCGAGUGCAUCCGCAUCGUCGACAUCCGGCGCUCGGAGCGCAGCGACAUAGGGGCGGGGACGGCGGCGGCGGCCGUCGACUUCGCGCAGGCAGACAUCCGGUCCGCGUCGGCGGUGACGGCCGCGUUCGCGCGCCCCUGGCCCGCCGCCGCCGCCCGUCUGCCCCUGACCGUCUUCCACACGGCGGCCGUGAUCGAGGCGUCGGAGCGGUCGCCCCGGCGGUACGCCUUCCCUGCGGCCGUCAACAUCGACGGCACGCGCCACGUGCUCGCGGCGGCGCGCGCCGCUGGUGCUGACGUGUUCAGCGCGACGUCGUCCGGGUCGAUCGGGCUGCGGCCCGUCGGCGCGUUCGCCGCGCCGUGGGCGCGCGCCCCGCGCGGCUUCUGGCAGGUCCUCGACGUCGCCGAUUUCCAGGCCCCGCUGCGGCCCCGCGAUGGCUACUUCGCCAACUACGCCGCCUCGAAGGCGGUCGCUGAGCGCCUCGUCUGCGGCGCGAGCGGGGAGGCGUUCCGCGCCGGCUGCAUACGUCCCGCCAACGGCGUGUACGGGAACCCGACGGAUAAUACGGUCGGCGACCCGCUGAGCCGCGCUAUCUUGCCGACCUGGACACCGCACAUCGUCCAGAGCUUCGUGCACGGGGCCAACGUGGCGAUCGCGCACCUGCACCACGAGGCGGUGCUCGCGCGGCCGUGGGCGGAGAGCGCGCGGCAGGCAGGCCGGCCGUUCGUGGUGACGGACCCGAACCCGCCGAUCGCGUACGCGGACGUGUACGCAGCGAUCCGGACGCUGUCGGCGCACGCGUUCCGGACGGUGGAGGUGCCGCCGGUCGCGAUCCUACUGCUAGCGCACGGGCUCGAGCUGUACGACGAGCUGGCGCUGGCGGCGGGCGGGGGCGUGCUGCCGGCGCUCGCGGGCGACCUGCGCCACCUGAAGCCGCCCAUCAUGUCCAUCUGCACGCACCUCGUGGCGGCGGGCGACGAGGCGCGGCGGCCGCCGGCAGAGGGCGGGCUCGGGUACGCGGGCGUGCUGACGACGCUCGAGGGCGUCGCGCUCGAGGUGCUCGAGUGGAACCGCGAGCACGCGCACGCAAGCGCUAGCGCCGGCGCGAGGAAGAAGUACACGACGUCGGUCGUGCUCGCAGAGCAGAUCCAGAGGCUGCCGGUGACGGCACCGCAGGCCGCCGCCCCGUCUCGGGGUGAGACGGAUGGGUAGCGUGAUCAGCGGAUCUCGCAGGGCAGGCGAGAUAGCGCAUAAAUACCCCCUCCUUUAUCUUCCCAUCUUCGCAAUGCUGCUACUAUGUACUGCUUAUGACU